AUCGUCGGCGGUUCGACAGUCGAUCUCUGGAACUAUGGCGAAUCGGAACGCGGUGCAGCUGCUCCACAUCAGCAUUGGCUGGCUCCUCCUGCUCCUGCUGGCCCUGGCCGCGGGCUCCCCACCGGUGGCAAGCACGAUCUCCAGGAGAACACGCCCUACAUGCGCACGCUGCUGCGCCUGGCCAAGGUGGGCGAGAUCGAGAGCUUCAUGAACCAGAAGGUGGACCCGUGCAACGACUUCUACUCCUUCGCCUGCGGCAGCUACGAGCGCAUCAACUCGGCGAUGAGCAUGCAGGUCGUGACCACCGGGGUCUUCGAGACCUUGACCAAGGGGCUCAACCGCGCAAUCCUCGAGAUGCUCGACAAGCCCCACGACAGCCUGGACACCCCGGAGGACACCCAGGUACGGCACUUCUACGAGGCCUGUCUGCGGCUGAAGGAGCUCAACGCCACGUACACCGGCAAGCUGAAGGCGCUCAUCUCGGAGUUCGGAUCCAUGCCGGCGAUCGAGGGGUCCUCCUGGUCGGAGGUGGACUUCGACUGGCUGGGCACCACGGCGCGCAUCGCGUACCGCUACGGUAUCACGCCCAUCUUCGGCGCCGAGGUGAACAAGGACGUGGCCAGCAACCACCGGAACCGCAUCUACCUGGGCCAGCAGGACUUCCCGCUGGAGGCGCGCUCCAUGUACCUGGACAACGCGACGGCCGUCUACCGGCAGAAGUACCGCGCCAACAUCCAGAAGACCCUGCAGCGCUCCCUGGGCGUGAAGGCGGACAUCGCCAAGAGCACCGCCCAGGAACUCGUGGACUUCGAGGUGGACCUGGCCCGCGGCCUGGUGGACGAGAGCGAGGGCCUGGGCCUGGACGACCUCGCCGAGCUGCUGCCCGUGGCCGAGGUGCAGAGGCGGUACGCACCCACGCUGGACAUCGAGCGCCUGCUGUUCGUGAGCAUGGGGGAGCGGAUCUCGGAGGAGAUCUACGAGUUCAACGCGGGCUAUCAGAGGAACCUGGUCGAGGUGAUCAAGCGCACCCCGAAGCGCACGCUCGCCAACUACAUUUUCUUCCGCCUGAUCUGGGAGUUCCUGGAGACGCCGGCCGAGAAGCCGCAGAAGCAGAAGCAGAAUUGCCUCGACCUCACCAAGAAGUUCUUUGCGAAGAACCUGGACAACAUGUUCUACCGGCGGAGCAACAACGAGAAGUCCUCCCGGGAGAUCGACAGCAUGUGGCGCCAGCUGAAGGCCACGUUCAAUGAGACCCUCCGCUCCAGUUCGACGCUGGACUGGAUCGAGCGGCCCACAAGGAACCUGGCCAUGGCCAAGCUGGAGGCCAUGACCCUGCAGAUCAACAACUACGCCGAGGACAACUUCACGGCCGAGUUCGCCGGCCUGAACCUGCAAAGCUCCGACUACGUGGAGAACGUCCGCCAGGCGAACAUCGUGGCCGCCAGGCAGAUGCGCGAGAUGCUCCACCAGCCGGCCAAGCCGCUCGAGGCGGGCACCCAGCUCAGCUACACGCCGGCCAACAUCCUGAUCGAGAACACCAUCAAGGUGCCGGUGGCCCUGCUGCAGCCCUUCUACAUCUGGGCCGAUGUCUAUCCGAACGCGGUCAUGUUCGGCACCCUGGCCUCCCUGAUUGGCCACGAGCUCAUCCACGGGUUCGACGACAGCGGGCGCAAGUUCGACGCCAAGGGCAACUCGAAGGACUGGUGGGACGACAGGUCGAGCAGCAACUUCCUGAAGCGCAGGGAGUGCUUCACCAAGCAGUACGGGCGGUACGUGUACGACGGCAUCCAGCUGAAGGAGUCCACCUCGCAGUCGGAGAAUAUCGCGGACAACGGGGGCGUGCGGCUGGCCUACGAGGCCUACCGCAAGUGGUACGACUCCCGGCUGGCCCAGGACCUGGACAAUGAGGUGCUGCCCGACCUGCGCUACUCCGCCAAGCAGCUGUUCUUCAUCAGCUUCGCGCAGAUCUGGUGCAACGACGCCCAUCCCAGUGUGAAGGCCCUGCAGGUCUCCACCGACCAGCACAUGCCGGGCAAGUACCGGGUGAUCGGAUCGCUCUCGAACUUCGACGAGUUCGCCAAGGAGUUCAACUGCCCGGUCGGAUCGAAUAUGAAUCCCAGCGAGAAGUGCGUACUCUACUAAAACUGAAGGUUUCUCUUGCCAGCUUGCUAAUCACUUGUGUUUUCUUAAGACGUAAUCAAUAAAGAUCGGAAAUGAUGAGUUUUACUCAUCAUUUAUAUUAAAGCAAA